GAUAAGUUCAGCACCACGGACAGCGCAUCGGAGCGCACGACAAGAGGGAGAUCAAUUCAGCGGCUCGGAGAGGCGCACCGUCACCGUCAUGACUCCGUAGACUACCGGAACCACAUACACCGACACACAUGCACACGCACGCGCACGCAUCCUCCAGUGGCAACUGCAAACUUGGUUCGUGGGUUCUGUUGUCGCCAAUUAAGAAGCUGCAGAAGGGAUGGGGUUUAUUUCCGUUUUGAAGCAUCGGCCAGCCUGUUUGGCGACGUGAUCCUUACAUCAUCGAGAGAGAGAGAGAGCGAGAAAGAGAGAGAGAGAGAGAGCGAAAUAGGGGGGAGAGGAGGAGCGGCAGAGUGAGAGUACUUGCACCAGGCUCCUCUCUGUCAGUCCUCAACAGCAAAGCGACGCUGACGGAUCUUCUCUGGCGUUUUCGCCCCCCUCCUCCUCCAGCUCCGUAGUCCCUCUCCCUCGGUCUCCUGCACCCCCCCCCCCUCCCUUCACACACACUCACACGCACACACACACACGCAGCAGCCGUAAAGAUGCGCCGUCCUGCACAGAGACCGACGUUGUUUUUGUCCAUCGUAUUUUGGAUUUUCUGCCACGUCAGCGGGACGCGCGGAGCUCUGCCAACAUCCCAGAAGUGUGAUGAGGCUCUAGCCUCGCCUCUGCCUCACACGGCCUUCACCAGCUCAUCUGUCUUCUCUAGUGGAUAUGCACCGGGAUACGCCAAGCUCAACAGGAGAGGAGGAGCUGGUGGAUGGUCACCUUUGGACAGUGACCACUACCAGUGGCUGCAAGUGGACCUCGGUUCCCGAAAGCAGGUCAGCGCCAUAGCAACUCAAGGUCGCUACAGCAGUUCUGACUGGACGACGCAGUACCGUCUCCUUUAUAGUGAUACAGGAAGGAAUUGGAAGCCGUACAACCAAGAUGGAAACAUUUGGGCAUUCUCUGGAAACUCCAACUCGGAAAGUGCAGUUCGCCAUGAUCUGCAGCAGGGAGUCGUGGCUCGCUUCCUGAGGCUCAUCCCGCUGGCCUGGAGUGAGGAGGGGCGCAUUGGUCUGCGCAUAGAAGUUUAUGGAUGCUCCUACUGGGCCGACGUUAUCAACUUUGACGGGCAGGGUGUAAUCUCAUACCGAUUCAAGGUUAAGAAGAUGAAGAUCAUCAAGGACGUUAUUGCACUGAGGUUUAAGACAUCAGAAAGUGAGGGUGUCAUUCUCCACGGGGAGGGUCAGCAGGGAGACUACAUCACCCUGGAACUUCGAAAGGCUAAGCUACUGCUGCAGAUAAACCUGGGCAGUAACCAGUAUGGCUCCAUCCUGGGUCACACUUCUGUAACCACCGGCAGUCUCUUGGAUGACAACCACUGGCACUCAGUGAUGAUUGAGCGCUACCGUCGCAAUGUCAACUUCACCUUGAAUGGACACACUCAGCACUUCCGAACCAAUGGAGAGUUUGAUCAUCUGGAUUUAGACUAUGAGCUGAGCUUUGGGGGGAUGCCGUACAGUGGGAAGCCAGUGGGAGGCGGGAAAAAAAACUUCAAGGGCUGCAUGGAGAGCAUCAACUACAACGGAGACAACAUUACAGACCUGGCCCGCCGGAAGAAGCUCGACACCUCCAGCUUUCAGCGUAACCUGUCCUUCACCUGCGUGGAAGCACACACCUUCCCAGUCUUUUUCAACACCACAAGCUUCUUGCAGCUGCCAGGUCGAGCCAAUCACGACACUGCAUCUGUCAGCUUCCAGUUUCGGACGUGGAAUCCCGACGGCCUUCUCCUGUUCAGUAACCUGGACGAUGGAACUCUGGAGGUCUCCCUCGAUGACGGCAGGAUUACCGUUCAUAUAAAUGUGUCAAAAGCAGGCAGAAACUACCUGGUGGAUUUGUUAUCAGGUUCUGGUCUCAAUGAUGGCCAGUGGCACGCUUUACGUUUGGUAGCUAAGGAGAGCUUUGCCAUGCUGACAGUAGACGGUGACGAAAUGUCCGCCGUUCGUUCCACCUCGCCUCUCAGCAUCACCACGGGAGGAACCUAUCACUUAGGAGGUUACUUCCUGCAGACGCCGUUCCCUCCAUCCAAGAGGUCAUUUCAAGGCUGCAUGCAGGCGAUCUUAGUGGAUGACCAACCUGCUGAUCUGCACGCGGUGGAAAAGGGCACCGUGGGAGCGUUUGAGAAUGUCAGCCUGGACAUGUGUGCAAUAAUAGACAGGUGUAUGCCCAAUCAUUGUGAACAUGGAGGCCGGUGUAAACAGACGUGGGACAGCUUCAGUUGUACCUGUGAUGGAACGGGAUACAGUGGAGCCACCUGCUACACUUGUUAUGAACAACCUGCCACCCAAAACCUUAAUUACUGGCUCUAGCAGAGAGAAACGCACUGUCCUGCAGGUCAACUACAGUGCUUCUAUGGACCAGGUGACAGCCAUCACCACCAGUGCAGAACACUGUGAACAGCAAAUUGCCUACAGUUGUCGCAUGUCUCGGCUGCUCAACACUCCAGAUGGGACCCCGUACACAUGGUGGGUUGGCAGAGGCAGCGAGAAGCAUUUCUACUGGGGAGGCUCGGGGCCUGGCAUCCAGAAAUGUGCCUGUGGCAUCGAGCGAAACUGCACCGAUCCCAAAUACGACUGCAACUGCGAUGCGGAUGCCAAACAAUGGAGAGAAGAUUCUGGUCUCUUGACAUAUAAAGAACACCUGCCGGUCAGCCAGGUUGCCGUUGGUGACACAAACAGACUGGGCUCGGAGGCUAAACUCACUGUUGGGCCUCUCCGUUGCUAUGGAGACAAUAACUACUGGAAUGCGGCGUCAUUCACAACCCCGUCAUCCUACCUGCAUUUCCCCACCUUUCAAGGUGAAACCAGCGCUGACAUCUCCUUUUAUUUCAAGACGAGCGCUCCCUAUGGUGUCUUUCUGGAAAAUCUGGGCAACACUGACUUCAUCCGCCUGGAGCUCAAAUCUCCUAAGGUGGUCUCCUUCUCAUUUGACGUUGGAAAUGGACCUGUGGAGUUAACGGUGCAUUCAGCCACGCCCCUCAAUGAUGACCAGUGGCAUCGGGUCAUGGCUGAGCGGAACAUCAAGGAAGCGGUCCUCCAGCUGGACCAAACUCAUCGGACGUCUCACCUCGCUCCUGCACAAGGACACACGCGGCUAGAGCUGUUCAGUCAGCUCUACGUGGGAAAACCAGCAUCUCUCACCUGCCAAGACAGUGCUGCUGGGGGUCAGAGAGGUUUUCUGGGUUGCAUCAGAGCGCUGCGAAUGAACGGCGUCACCCUCGACCUGGAGGAAAGGGCCAAGGUCACGCCAGGGGUCAAGCCUGGCUGCCAGGGCCACUGCACCAGUUUUGGGAUGUACUGCAGGAACGGAGGGAAGUGUGUGGAGAGGUAUAAUGGAUAUUUAUGCGACUGUACCACCACUGCCUUCAACGGCCCGUUCUGCACCGCAGAUGUUGGGGGUUUCUUUGAGGCCGGAACAAUGGUCAAGUACAACUUCAUGCCUGAACCAGUUCCAGGAGCCAGUAAGGACUCAAAAGCAUUGCCACAACAACUGAUGCAAAAUGAAGUUAAUUUAACAAAGGAGGAGGUGGCCUUCAGCUUCAGCACAUCCAGCGCACCGGCCAUUCUCAUGUACGUGAGCUCCAAGGCGCAGGACUACCUAGCUGUGGUGUUGAGACACAACGGUUCCCUGCAGGUCCGAUACAACCUAGGUGGGCUAAAGGAGCCAUUUGCUAUAGAUGUUGACCAGCGGAACUUGGCUAAUGGACAACCACACAGCAUUAACAUGUCACGACACAACAGGAGCAUCAUCAUCCAGCUGGACCAUUAUCCUCCAGUCAGCUACAGCCUCCCAGAAGACUCGGACACACAGUUUGACCUGGUCAAGACGCUGUUCUUAGGAAAAGUCUUCGAAACGGGACAUAUAGACCCCGUCCUCAUUGAGCGCCACAACACCCCCGGUUUCGUUGGGUGUCUGUCACGGGUGCAGUUCAACGGAGUUGCUCCCCUCAAGUCUGCUCUGAGGAAAGCCGCACAAUCUCAGGCAACUCCAACAGACGGCCAGGCCGACAAACAUCCUGUGGCCUCGUCUCUUGUGUCUCACCAGGGCAAACUGGUGGAGUCCAACUGUGGGGCGUCACCUCUCACCAUCCCAACGAUGUCUGCUGCCACAGAUCCCUGGCAUCUGGGCAAUCCAAAUGCAAAGUCUCCCUCCAAUGAGGAGAGGGUCAUUCCAGAUGGAGUCAACAGGGAUUCAGCAAUCAUCGGAGGUAUUAUUGCCGUGGUGAUCUUCACCAUCCUGUGUACGCUGGCGUUUCUGAUCCGCUACAUGUUCCGCCACAAAGGCACCUACCACACCAAUGAGGCUAAGGGCAGCGGGGAGUCUGCCACAGAGCCGGCGGACACGGCCAUCAUCGGCACGGACAACCCAGAAACCAUUGAUGAGUCAAAGAAAGAGUGGUUCAUUUAACAGCUGAUGGUGGAACUCCGAGACAGGAAGCUGUUUGUGAGACAGUAUCAGUUGCCACAGACGGAGGAGGUUUAAUCAAACGACCGUUCACUGGAGAUACUGAGAACUGAUUAAUCAACAGGACUUCAAACUCGUUGAGAAGGUGGGAUGCAAGGCGGAGGGGCUGUUCCUUUGUUUAUUUGUUUUUAUAUCCAGAGUGUCCGAAAAAUACGGAGAAAGAGACUCUUAUUUAGUGGAGCACAGCUGUAAAGAACUCAAUGUACAUACUAACCAGCUUAUCCUUCUUUGUAUCGUGCUUGGGAGUUUUCAGGAGUCCUUUGAAUACUGUGUACGACAAAUAAUUACACUUACUGAAUGGUGUGAUAGCAAAGAUUUAUUCCUUGUUUGAGUUUGAUUUUAUAUUUAACAAAAAUUAUUCUAUCUAAAAAAAUGAUCAACAUGCCAAACCCUUUUUUUAAUGUUUUAUUUUACUUUUAAACUGUGGUUGCACCAGUCUGUCAACACUCACGUCCUCUGAAUGAUGCACAUCUUAUAUAUUGUGGUAACAUAGAUUUAAAUAUGAAUGCCAAAAGUCUUUUUUUUUUGUAAAUACAAUAUUUUGUGUUAAUUCAUUUUUGUUCCUUAAGAUUUAUUUAAAGCCUGAACACAAAUGAGAAAUAUAUCUAUUUUACUGUUCAUUAUAAAGUAUAUAUACAUAUAUAAAUAUAAGUGAUAUACAAAGUUGUAUGUUUAGGUUUCAUGAUAUUAAAUUGUAUGAGACAUUUCCUCUCUGUUUUAGUGCAAAGAGGUGUUUCACGACGGUUAGUUGAGCUCAUCAUCACGGCAGCUUUCUUUAAAUCCAGAAUGAGUAAAACUCAACAGGAUAUUCUAGCCUUGAGCCAAAUUUAGCCUGUUGCCAUAUACCCCAGAGUUGUAUAAGUGGGAAAAAUCAUUUUGCAGCCAGCCCAGCCCUUCUAAUCUGGCAGCAUUCUGUUAGCUUUAGCUUAGCAUAAACAAUGUAAGUAAAUGGUAACAGCUAGCAUUUUGUGUGGAAAAAGCCAUGAAAAUGAUUUGAUAAUUCUCCUAAUUUGGUGACGUCAAAAUCAAAUCGACUGACAAAGGCAAUAACAGAAAUCGAUUUAGACUUGGGACAACGUUACGACAAAGCACCGCUGUAUUAUUGAGGAAUUUUCAUGAAUUUUUCACAUGAAAUGCUAGCUGUUACCAUUCACUCACAUUGUUUAUGCUAAGCUAAAGCUAAAAGACUACUGCCAGAUUAGGUGAAUGACAAGGAUGGUUACAAACUAAUUGCAGUGCAAACAGUGAUAUCAAACGUGAUUUUCUUUGUUUUGGUUUAAUGGUGGAUGUCAUACACAAACCAUGACCUUUAAAGUCUGAAUAAAUUAUGUGAUCUCCUGAGUCCAGGGAGGAGGAUGGUGGAGAUGCCGCUCUGCAUCUGAGACUCCUCCCGUAUGGAUUUGCUCGCCGCAAAGCACGCAAGUAAACCGUCCCACGGAUGCCUCCAGUGUGGACCCAGCAUAACUCUGGGGAAAAUGGCGACAAACUAAAUUUUACUUAGGGGUGGAAGAUUUAUUUAAAGGUUUCUCUCAGACAGUGAGUGGUCAGAUUAUUUAUUUUGUUGAAUCUUACCUCUUUUUUUUUUUUUUUUUUUUGCAUUCAAUGUUUAUCUUUGAAUAGUGUUUUGUUUUUGGGUUUUGUUGUGUUUCUUUUUUUGCAUAUCCAGCGUGUGCAUGCAUCAGUGUGUAGAUGACACACUGGUUUGAACAAGUGCCAGAGGAGGCAGCUUUUACACAUGAAAUCGAACCAUUGCUUUAGGAGUUUCAUUGAUGAAUUAAGUCGAAUGAAGCAGCAUGAAUCCAACAAACGAACACGCUAGAUCUCAGAACUCCUGGGUUGAGGUUAGGAUGAUAAUUGGCUUAAGGAUCCACUGUGCCUUGGAGGUGUUGAGCCAUAUCGCCUUUCCCACGCUGCUUGAUUCAAAACCCCCACCACUAAAACUUGACUGCUGCGAGAAAUCUUUUCAGGAAUUCUUUUGCAAAUGGUGCUUUUUAAAAUUUCUGUCUUAAACUUUGGUUUCAGAAUAAGCUGGCGGGGGAAACAAACAUCUAUUCUUCCUUCAAUCAUCAGAAGGCUUGGGAAAAUUAGCAUUUAUUUCAUAAAGCAUGGGUGGAAAUUGAUGGUGGCAUCAGAGUGGCACAACGUUCAAAUGCUGUUUUUAUUUUCCUUUCACUUAUGUUUACUUGUUUAUUUUACAGUUGAACUCAACUGCCAAGUCAAUAUUUAAUGUUUUUGUGAUUUGGUUUUUAAUG